AUCAAUGUUUGUAUUACUAAAAAUUACAACAUUUCGAGAAGCAGCAAGUAUAAAAAAAACCAACAGGCUCAUAAAAAUGUGUGGAUAAUGUCAAACAAAUUAAUAAUUUGUGGACUAAAAUUCAAAUAACUGCCAAGUACGAAAAUAAAAUAUUUAAAUGCAAUAUUGUAGAAAAUAACAAGUAUUUAAAUAAAGUUAUGUAAUGUAGGAAUUUGUAUUACACUACAUUUUGGGGUCGAAAAAUAAAUCUGUUAUAGGCAAAAAAAUGAAAUAAGUAGUGUUUGUAGAAAUACAAAACAAACAUACAAAUUCGAUAUAAUUAUUACAUACUAUGUAAAUCAACAUGGUUAAACAGAUGCCAGAAUGACGUUCGCAACUGAAACAUUUGUUGACGUUAAAUGUAAAUAAAAAUACAAACGUACAAAAAAUUAAACAUAUAAAUUCUUGGUGCUACUUGAUUUCAUACUUAUGUUCAUAGUUCAAGACAACUCGCAUUCCACUAUUGCAAACAUGAACUCAAAACUGUUUUUGAACUUUUUAGUUGCUUUUUUAGCAAAUAUUCCUUUAAGAAUAAUUUUGGCUCAGGACGAUGCUGCUCUUAAGUUGAACGAGCUGAUGAAAAACCCCGUGUGGAUUUCGUUGAAAACAGAAAAAAUCAUAGACGACGAUACCAUAUGGAGAAUAAUUGAACAACAACAGUCGAGUGAUCAUAAAAUACAAGUCAGCUGGUCAGGUGAGCCUAAGGAGAUAUCAGACGUCCUACAUGAAGUCGCAUCUCAGUACGGUACGAAGAAACUCGCCACAUUACAAAAACUAACACUUCAGUCAGUCACUCAGAUGUUUUAUGAAAAAAUAUUAGUAGCUGUCCAAAUUAAAUUCAGUGAUAUAAAAUACAAAAUUUAUGAAGGGAUCUGUCCGCCGAAUUUUUUUACUGUGUUAAGAAACAAUUGGGAAGAACUCAAAAACGUACAUUUCCCGGCAAUUAGAGAAGCUUGUUUGUCUAUUAGAUAUUCAAAUUCGGAAGAAGAUUGCCAGGAAACUUUUUACAAAUCUUUGAAAAGAAAAUGGUUGAAUUUCAUUAACAUAGAUCGUCCGGCUAUCGCUGCUGCAUGUUUUUCGGUCAUAAGCCCUGCCAAAGAAAUGUUGCGUCAGUUUGGUGUUUGGACUUCAUUAAACAAAUUACUUCAAAGUAUUCAUCUUUUUGUUUUUCAACCACCUACAGCAAUAACAGAUGGACUGCCAUUAAAGAGAAAUGAAUUUUGGGACCUCUUGAAAGACGAAAUUAUGAAAUUUCUGACUGUAGAAUGGCGAUCAGAGACAACCGAGACUUUGGAGACUCUUAAUUUUUAUUUAGAAAAUCAGCAUAUUGUAGAUCCAAUAGAAGUCGUAAAGCUUUUAGAGUUAGAACUGAAAACAUCUGUUGUUGACUUUGAUGACAAAGAAGUGUCACUUUAUAAUGAAACCCCGUUAGAGAUCGUCAAUAACUUCACAGAAGAAAUAGUGAACGUGAGAGAAUCCAUAAAUAAUGUUAGUUUGAGCAACGCCUUGUUAUGGAACGCCUUUGGUUUCGAAGAUUCCAUAAUGAUAGAACCCGCCAAAGAACUCGACGACUCGGCAGUAGUAAACAAACUAUGUCAAUUGUUGGCAAAAGUUAUUAAACUAUUUGAUCUCAUGAUACACCAUAUAAAUGUAUACAACCACGAUAAGAUAGAUGCUAAGGAAACUGUUUUAAAGCGUUUGCUUUUCGGGUUUGAUGAACUUAAACUACGAUUACCAAAAUUAGUGAAAUUAGUCUCAUACUAUCUGUCCAAUGCACCAAGAGCAGAAAAUGUUUAUAUUAGAAAUGCAUUAGUCCUAAUGUGCAUGUACAAAGUAAGCACAACAUAUCCGAUUGACGAUAAUAUGCAUGACGGUUUUCGGCAACCAAGUCAGCUAAACCGGUUAGCCUUGUUAAUUACGAUUCAACUGGAAAACUACAUAGUUUGGAAUUGUGGUGUUAAAGAGUACACUCGCGCAAUAAUAAACAGCCAAAUAUAUAGCUUACCAGACAUUUUAUCACAGAACACAAUUGGCCAAAUUUUUAAAGAUAUAGACAAUGCUAUUAGAGCGAUGCAACCCAUACGUGUACGACAAACGCUGAUCGAUAAUGAAUGUGAUGUUAAUUUGAGUAAAGCUUCCUUUGAAAGGCUCGUGGACUACGAUUUUAGUCCGUUAAAUUGUAUCGUUGUAUUGCAGAUCCAGUGGGAUGGAGCAUAUAAAACAAUUCAAGCUAUUCGAGAAGAAGUCGUAUUCAGUAUGAAUCCAAAAAAGUUUGCUGUGUAUCAGGGUUUGGUUCAAAACUGUGUAACGUCCAUAUUUUUAGGAUACAUAUUGAAUAUUUUACGGUCUGCAGGUCAAAACGAAGUAAACUUUACCGACGAUCAAAUAUCGUCGAUUUUGGACAAAUUCAAACAAUUUGAAGGCAUCGUGUAUCCAUAUUUAAAAGUGGAUUCACCUAAAUACAUUUUUAACAUUCUCGUUUGGUGUUUCAAGCAAAACAAAAUUUCCGAUGUUAAAGCUAAUAUCUUAAAAGAUAAAAUCGAGAGAAAAAUUAAAUCUUAUGGUUUAAACAUGUCCAAUUACUACAGCGUUUUGAAGUCAAACAACAUAAUCAGUGACGUACAUGCAAGCGGUGAUGUCCAGGAAACCUAUAUAGAACCGUUAAAAGUAUUUGUAGAACAAUGGGUAGCGAAGUUUAAAAACGAUUUUUACUGCGUCGCAAAUUACAUGAAAUUGAUAAUAUAAUAACGUCAGUAAAAUCAUUAUUUUAACACUACGUUAAUUUUACAUUAUUUUUCUGAUGGGUAUUUAUACAGUUUAUCUCAAUUAUUCCAAAAUAUCCCUGAACAUAUUAUUUCUAGUUUUGUCCAUAGCUAAAAUUAAUAAGACA